AUGAUGAUGGAAUACGGUGGCUAUUUUUCAAGUAGUACUGUAGCUCAACAAGCCGUAGACGUGCCAACUUCUGCUCCGUCCUCUGUGGCCAAUUCGUUUUUCUACACACCCCAGUCUCAUAAUAUUUAUCAUCAAUAUGCAACGCCGUAUCUUCAGAGUGGAAGAACCAUAACCACUGGUCAAAACUCAUCGAACUCCUCCACCGGAAACGCAACGUCAUCUUCGAAUUCGUCAAACUACCGUAAUCCAACUCACGACUCACUUCAAGCUUUCUUCAAUACCGGACUACAGUAUCAAUUAUAUCAAAAGUCACAACUGAUUGGAAAUGAGACAAUUCAACGAACGAGUAGUAAUGUAUUAAAUGGAAUACAGAGAAAUUCGUUGGUUGGUGCGCUCUGCUCAUCCGGACCCCCAUUGAAUCCUGCCGAACGUCGCAAACAACGACGAAUUCGAACAACGUUCACUUCUGGACAAUUGAAAGAGCUGGAACGAGCAUUCUGCGAAACUCAUUAUCCGGAUAUAUAUACUCGCGAGGAAAUCGCGAUGAGAAUCGAUUUGACCGAGGCUCGAGUUCAGGUUUGGUUUCAGAAUCGAAGAGCCAAAUAUCGGAAACAGGAGAAGAUGCGAAGAGUGGGGAAGGAUGAUGAGGAUCCGUCGAAGAAGGAUCAUAUCGUUGGGCUCGACGAUAUUAUUGAUCAGAUUUGA